AUUAAAACCAAAACCUAGAAAAAAAAAGAAAAAAAUAUUUGCUCUAGUUUUUCUGAAAAAAAAAUAAUAACAUCAAAAAGUAUUAUAAUUGUAUUCCCUUGAUUAUCAUCAAAAAAAGUGUCAAUCCAUCAAUAGUGUUGUAAAAAAAAAUCGUAAUAAAUUUAUAAAUAUUAAUUAAAUAUCACUCAUAUGUCAAAUUAUACUAAUGAUAUUAAUUAAAUGAUUCAUGUACAGCUCUCAAUCAAAUCCGCUAGAAUAUAAAAAAAAUAUAAACAACUAUUUGUUGUAAAUUAUUACAAAUGGAAGCUGUAAUUUCAUUUAAAUAUGAUAAUUUUUUAAAGGAUUAACAUUAAAAUUAUUACACUGAAAUACUCGUUGCUAUUAAACAGGAUUAAUGAUUGAUAUUGGAACUAAUAUUUAUUAAAAUAAAGGAUACUUAAAUCUUUAAUACAAAUGAUUUCUAAGUAAUGGAGCUACAGUUUAAAGUGUUGCAACCAACUGCAAAGAGUCUACAGGACAACACAUGUGGUAAAAGAAGAAAAAUAGCUAAAGACAUGUCCUUUUAUUGUUUAAAGUAUGAUUAAAACAUUUUGUAUGAAUGCCAUUAUUUUGGUAGUAAAUAAAUCAAAAACAGUUGCCAGUAAAAGUGCAACAACUAAAGGAACAAAAACAAUAGUAACAAGGAUACCCACCUACACAACUACCACAACUUAUCAUCGUAGGCACUACCACCAGCAGCAACACUUUCACAAAGACAAGAGGAACACCAACACCAGCAAAUAUAUAAAGUUUUGUUUUUAUGUUUUUUUUCUUUUACACAAAACAUAACCACAUUAAUAUAUUCAACUGGAAUAACGGAAUCAGAGUGUAACUGAGCAGAAACAUUGGCUGCCAUCAUACGUUGUAAAAAUAUAUUUCAAAAAUAGAUAGCCUAAAGCAGCACGCCUUCUACGAUAUCAACGAUAAGGACACCAACAAAAAAAGUAGAAGAAAAAAAUAAAGAACAGGAAUCAGAGGAAAAGACAUUACAUACACUCUCUCUCUGUGACUUUUUCAUCGUGAUAUCAUAAUAAUGUCCAGCCAUUCGGGGACAAUUGGCCGCAAACGUGGUGGCAGCGGUAGUGGCGGAAGUGAAUAUUAUUUUAGUGGCGGCGAACAUGCCAUACGACGGCAACGUUCAGCUGAAUGGCACAGCAGACAUGCCUACAACAGCAGCAGUGAGGAUGAAUAUCAGAAUACGGGUCAAGCAUCAGCAUUCGAUACGCAAUUGUUGGCACAGCUGUUAUUGCAAAGUCAGCAAUUGGCAAAUCUCGAUCGUUAUAAUUCUGAUUUUGAAAAUGAAGAACACUUAUCUUCACGACUGAAUGAAUAUCCCUCCUCAUCGAAUCGUGAUGCCUCAUUAAAUGCCAAUGCCGCCAGCCAAUCGUAUUUACAGCAUCUACAGCAGCAAGAGAGCACCGAACUGUGUUCACCGCUGAAACAAACACCAACUGCCAAUUUGCAUACGCCCACAACUGUAACCACAACCACGACUGCCAACAAUAAAUUUCUAAAUAAUGCCAAUUUGGGGUUUCUACCCUCGACAACACGCAGUACAAAUCCAUUUCUUAAUUCCAAAUAUGAUUCACAAUCAAAUUCUGACUCACUUAGUGAUCGCAUAUCGUUUUCGGGUAGUUCGGCUAUAUUGGAUCGUUUACAAAGCGCCAAUGACUUUGCAGCGGUAACAAAUCCCACAACCGUUCAAUCCGUUAUGAAUAGUGCAUUUUUAAUGCCCGCUAGUUCGACGGCAAAUAGUUUAAAUCCGAAUUCAACGCGUUCACAUCGUUCGAAAUCGGGUCGUUCGGGUGGUAAUCGUGGUACCAGUGGCAUGACUUCAUCUAGCAGUGCUACGUCUUCCAAUAGUAAUGCAACCUUAAAUAAUACACGUAAUGAACGUGAUAAAUUUAAGUUGCAGCAACUCCAAAUGGAAUUGCGUGAAUAUUCAGAAUCAAACUUAGAAAGCUCAAAUGCUUCCAUAUUAAAUGGGGUUGGUGUUGGUGUGACUGGUGUCAGUGGUGAAUUGGAUGAGUUGCAUAUAUCGGAUGGUGAAAACACUGAACCACCACCAGAGCCAGCACCACCAGAAAUUCCACCACGUACACAGUCGCUUUUAAUGUCGCUGCGCAAACAUUCGGAGUAUAAAUUGAAAUAUGAGGAAAAAGGCGACCAAAAACAUGAGGAAUUUAUACCAACAAGUCAAUUGCAACAGUUACAACAACAGCCGCAAGUUCUUCAACAGCAAAAGGAUUAUUUAAUUGCUGAUGCAACAGUACGUUGCAGUGAAAGUCAAUCUAAGUCAAUUGCAUCCAACAGUGAUACGCAGAGUCAACAGGGGUGAGUACAAUUUAAUUAAAUUACAAAACAAAAUAAUAUAAAUAACCAUUAAGUUUCAUUAAAAAGCUAAUAAAAUAAUUUUAAUUAAAAAGGUGUAUAUUGUAUUUUUUUAUUUGAUAAUCUUUUAAUUUAUAUAGAUUAAUGUAAAAUGAAAUUUAUUCUAUUUUUUAAUGGUAGAAAUU